AUGGAUACAUCUGGCUUUCCUGCGAUAGCUAGUCAGUCUGCGAGUCAAGUUACAAAUGUGGAUUUAAAGCAGGACGAAAUUGAUGGAUCACCUGCACCAGUUGUAACAGAUGGAGCUUUGAAAAGUACUGUAGGAGGCAAUGACUCCUCUUCACAGCAAACAGAAAUUGGGGUGUUUGAGGUUCCAUUGGUUCCUGCAGCAACACAGCAGGAAAUCAGUCAGAUAGGAAAUCCAGAUGUUUCUGUUAUAACUAAACCAAAUGAAAGCAUAAUGAUAUCUGAACCUAGAAGCAUAUCAGAGGCUGAUGAAGGAGAAUCUGACCUUAUCAUUGACCUUGAAGAAGAACAUCUGUUGGCAGGUGAUGAUGGCAAUGCAGAGAAGGCAGAGGAGGAAGGUAGGCAAGAUGAAGAUGAAAAACAGUCAGCUGAAAGUGGCAAUACAAAUAAUGAUAAUACUGAAGGCAGAGCAUUGAUGGAAAAAAUGGAUACAGAUGAAAAUGUUCCUGGGAUGGGGGAAAGUCGGACAUCAAAAUCUGAACCAAUCCUUGAAGUAGCUAGUAAAGACAUUGGCUUGGAUUAUUUCGAUAGAAUUGAAAAUAGCUUGCGUGAAUUGGAGAAGCAGAUGUCAAGUUCUAGCAAUCCAGAAACAUCUGAACAGUUAGCAGAUCCAGAAGGUACAAUAAUCAAAACUGUGAAUCUUCCAGUGCAAAAUGGAUUGGACAAGGCAAAGGAAACAAGCACUACUCAAACCGCUUCAGUUCAAAAUGUCUCUAGUUUGGAAAAAGGAAAAGAACAGGAAAAUAAAAAAGAAACAAUUGGCAUAGUAGAAACAAUAGCAAAGGAAAAGGAUGAUAUUGUAGUUUCUGGUGGAAAUAUCGAUAAAGAUGUUGACUCAAAAAUACCAACAAAUAACGUUGAUAAUUUGGAAAAAUCGACAAGCGGCAAAGCUGAAAGUGUGGUAAAAGAUACUGUAAGAUUGCCUACAGCAGAUGCGAAUGAUAUGUGGUCAAAGAUGGGAAUGAUGCGAUGUGCCAACUGCUCCUUUACAACCGACCAGGAAUCUAUGUUUAAUUCUCACACGGUCAUAUGCAACAAACGUAAAGUGGUGAAAGGAGAAAUUAAUUUCAAAUACAAGGCAGACCGCUAUGGAUGUGAAGCAUGUCUUUAUACAACAAAGAGUGUACGGAACUUUGAGGAACAUGUAGCAUUCCAUUUACUUGCUCAGCCUUAUAUCUGUUUAAAAUGUGUUGCAACAUUUGAGAGUAAAGCUUCAAUUGAAAAUCAUGUUAGCACCAAACAUUGUGAUGAAGAUGUAAAAUGUGGGUUAAGAGGAUCCAAAAAGAUUAGUCAUAUAAUUGCAAUGCUGCACAAAGAAUCUAAGUUCUCAUUUCUUGGUAGAAUGUUGGACAAGAAGAUCUGGAACAUGUCUGUGUCCACUUCAGCAAAAGAUCAAACACACAGCCAUCCAGUACAUAUUCACAAUACUGCUGUUCCAAAGAAAAUUGAUCGACCAUCCAUAAUCCAGAAAAAAGACUUCAUGAAAACCAGCUCUUUAAAGCGAGACCCCCUCGUACUGGAACCAUUACAGAAGACAGAGAAAAUUGUUUCAGAGAAGGUGCCUGCUGUUAAAGUAGUUAAAAUUCCAUGUGGUUCUAAGGCAAUGCCCACCAAGCCAUUAACAGAGAAAAUAAAUUCCGAAAUGGUUUCUGCUUCUAAAGUAGUUACACUUCCAUGUGGUCCAAAGACGUCCAAGACAUGUACCACCAAUUCUUCCCUACCAAUAUCAUCUACUACAAGUUCUGCAGGAGGCAUUAAUGUUUCUUCAUUCAUCCUUGUCCCAGUGACUGUGAGUACGAAGCCUCCUGCUCCCGUUGUCCAACCAACGAAACCGUCCGGAAUGGUUUCUAUAUUAGGUACCUACGACCCAUCCUUCAGUAGACCCCAACAGCAAAUGAUUGUCAUGAACAACACUAACGUGGUUCGCCCGGUAGCUACCACAAAACAGUUUUUGGUAAUGCCACCUGCAAAAAGUGCAUCAACCUCUCAGGUGGUUCGUCCUCAAAGUAUUGUGAUUGAAAAUCAAAAUCUCCACUCCAAUCUAAUUCAAGCACAGACAACAGUGCAACCAAAACGGAUUUUGCCUUCUCCACAACAACCCAUCGUUUCUGGAACAGUUUCCCCCCAGUUGCACUCCUCCACAUUGAAUUCUUCUUCGACGAACCAAUGUAUAUCCAUCCAGUACAAUGAUUCGGGAAAAGCCAACGGAUCACAUAGCGAAACCCCUAAACAACAGACGAAUAUUGAUGAAAAAAUAGGUAAUACUGUAAUUGACUUGACGCAAGGGAGUUCACAAACAAGCUGUCGGAUUUCUUUUCGCAAGAUUGGAUCAUCUUUUGUGUGCAACUUUUGUAAAAUCAGUGUGGAAAAAGAAGAUGGUUUUAGUCGACAUAUCUGGAAACAUUUUCACACUCUGCAGCCAAUCUGUAAAGAAUGUUCCUCUGACAACACUGUUGAUGAUUUCGGAAAGUGUGCACUGGUCCUUCAAAUCCUAAAGGGAUUGGCUGCCAGUGAUGAUAGUGAGAAGGAAAAAGUAAAUGUGAUUGAAGUCGUUUCUGAUGAGGAAGACUCUGGUGAGGGUCAACAAAUAACAAAUAGCACAGACGGGCAUACAAAAGAGACUGUUACGCAUGAAAACACUACUACUAAUGAGGAAGACAGUGGUAUGCAAAUAAAAAUAGCAUCAACAUACAGUCUUAGCGAUUCAUUGAAAACACAAUCAGACGAUGGUCUAGAGAAGGACUCAGAACCAUCUGUUUCAUCAGAGGAAGUCAUAGAAGAGGGAAAUUCACCGCCGACCUCGAAAAAGAAAGACUCUGGAAACAUUUUUGAAAAAAUACAAGGAUCUAUGAAUACUGUUAUUAAUGAAACAUAUAAUAGCGGUGCUAACAAAAAAGACGACCUAGCUUCUAACCAGAGAAGUGAAGAUAUUUCUCAUGAAAAUUCGAAUGAAAAUCGCAGAAAACCACCAUCGGUUACGCCAAGAUCGGGUAGACCAACAGAAGAACAAAGUGCUGAAGACGUUACAUUGUCAUCAAAAGUGAGUAAAGAAACUACUGUGGCUGAAGACGUUAUCAAGGAAAAAGCCCAAGGAGGUGCGCCGAAAUUUUCUUGUAAUGGAAGUUUCUAUGUAUGUGGCUUUAGUAAUUGCCGCUUUGCUUGUAUUACAUCUGGUGAAUACAGGGAACAUUUAAUGUGUUGGCACUCUGAUGCUGAAGAAUAUAAAUGUGCACAUUGCGGACAUCGAAGUCUAACGGAAGAUUGUCAUUUGCGGCAUAUGCUUACUCACUCCAAAGCAUCUUCAUUUAUUCUGUACACUUGCAGUUAUCCAGCUUGCCUGUAUGGGACCAAUGUAGUGGAUUUGUUUCGGGAUCACUGGAAAAAGUUUCACCCAAAUACAAAGCAGUAUAAAUGCCGAUCAUGUAAAAUGCUGUUUCCUUCUGCUGAAGACCUCAUCGCUCACAUACAAGCAAACAUACUGAAAUUCGUCACUUGUCCUCAUUGUACAGCAAAAGACAGUAACAGGAAGACUAUAAUUGCACAUAUCAUUGAAGCACACCCAGGGAAACCUCGACAAAUUACUGUUGCAAGUCAACUUGUUUGUCAAGAGAGAGACAAUAACGAAUUUGCAGUGCCUGUUCCAGGGAUUCCGGAUAAACCAGCAGAGGUUCAACCAUGGCCAUCUGUGUACAUGGACACUGCAAAUGAUGAUGAAGAUGCAUAUGUUGAUUCUCCAGAACAAAAUAACUCGUGUGAUGAAACAGAGGCAGAUGAUGAACAACCCGAUCACAUUGCUCAACAGACGGAAUUGUCCAAAGCCAAAGGUUCUCUCACGAAAAUUGCUGCUGAAGGUGACAUGCGGGAUGCUGUGAAAGUAAUGGCACUGAACAAAUCAAAGUUGAAAUCAUUAAGUGCUGAGAUAAUUCGUUGUUCGGAGUGCUCCUAUCUCGCGUCUGGAAGAGGACUAUUACGAAAGCAUUUGUAUCUACAUAAAAGGGGCAAAGAUGAACGUAAACGGCGUUUCUCUUGUCCCUGCUGUCCUGCUGCCAUGGACAAACUUAGCAAGCUCUCAUGUCACAUGAACUUACACGAGGGACAGCAUAAGGUGAAGGUUUACUUCUGCACCUUAUGCUGUUUCAAAACAAAUGUCACAGAAUUUCUGAGUACACACAUGAACAAAUCACACAACUGUGAGAUAUCCAAGGGAGUUAACUUCAUUACUAAAGUUUUGAAAGUGUCAGUCUCAGCUUUCUUCUGCGAUAAAUGUUUAUUUGGAACUCGGGAUCAAGAAGUAUUCAGACAACACGAGCUUGGACACAAUGACGAUGAAGACAAUGUGAUAUCAGGAGCAAUCAGUGAGGGGCCAUCAUAUCAUUUACAAUCUACUUCAAAUUCCGUGCCGAAACCGCCAACAAAGAAAUCACCAGCUGCUAGAAAUACAUAUAGUGACCCAGUUAAUGAGGAAGACUUGGCUUCAGUAAAUCCCGGUUCGAGAAAGAGAUUUUGCUGUAAGCUUUGUGGGAAAUAUUGUUCACGUCUACCUGCACUUAAAGCGCAUAUGUCAUCGCACGUACUUGAUGAGGAUUUAGAGGUCAUGGUAUUCAAAUGCCAUUAUUGUGCAUAUUCAUCGUCAUACAAAGCUUUUGUAAGCAGGCAUUGUGAAGAUAAGCAUCCCGGCAAAAUUAUCCGCGUGAAACGUAGAUUAGACGUCAUAUCCGCUGUAGGCGAAUACUUUCCACCACAUGGAAAGGAAUGGCCAGACUCUCCGGACGAAAUAGACGAUCCUGAAGAUAUCGACGUUUCUGACAUGUCCAUUUAUUCCCAUCAUUGUGAUAUUUGUUCAUACAGUUGUGGUGAUUCUGCCGAGUUACUUCGUCACAAGAACUCUCAACAUUCUAGCCAGGGAACCCUAAAAACUUUUGUUGUUCCAAGUGGAAACGUCUUCAGAUCGCCAGUAGAAUGUACAGAGUGCUCUUUUAAUACUACAAGGAGAAUAGAAUUACUUAAACACUUGAGGACCCAUCCUAAUUUGUGUCCCACAUAUGAGGCAUUCCGAAAGUCGCCACCCAGGGACCAAAGAGAAUUGCUGAAGGUUGCUAUUGGCAAGAAAACCACCACAUCAUAUUUUCAUGAAGCAUAUUCAAGCUCACCAUCACCAGACACAGAUAAUGGACACACAUCUAGUCUUCAAAUGGAGGACAAAAAGCCUAUAUUAGCAGAGGAUGGCAGCCUUAUUCAAGAUGAUGUGCAGAGACCUGUAGCGAAAACACCAUUAUAUUUCCUUGGGGGUGAUCUACUUCAUUUGAAGUUGAGACCGUGCUUCAUUCAAGAGGAGUCCAAUUCUGAAUUCACUUGUAAACUUUGUCAAGACACAUUUUCUGGUCGAUAUGUCCUGCACAAGCAUAUACUUCAACACAUGGAUGUUUCGUUUUACAAAUGCGCAUACUGUAGUCAUGGUACCCUGGAAUCCCCAUCGAUGGUUGUGCACAUACAAAAGAUUCAUAGGAAACCUAUACAACAUGUGCAGAUGGAUGUUACGGAUCUAGAAAGUAAAAUUAACAAGGCAAUUCACAGCAUUAAGGAGGAAGAGUACUUCAUAAAAAUGCAAGAUAGCGAUAGUGUGAACUCCCAAACUGACGGAAAAGACGUCGAUAGUGGAGAUGACUUGCAGUCCUCUGAAAACCAGUUCCGUUCACCAUUUAAGGCAAAGGUACCUCCUUUAACUAUCAAAACAUCGCCAUCAUAUGAUAUUGUAAGAAAGAAAUCAGCUUCGACAGCCAAAAAGUCAACAACAAGCAAACCAAAGACUGGUAAUAUUAAUAAACCAUUGCAGAAGUCACCCGUGUACAAACCACCAGUAGAAGACAAUCCAAACAUACAGAGAAUGGGGGAUAUUUAUAAGUGCAAAAUAUGUAGUUAUACUAGUACAUCACGGGCUACGGUGUUUAAUCACUUAACAAUUCAUUCAGGGUUCCGAAGGUUUGGAUGUCCUUUUUGUCCUUACCGCUCACACUGGAGGCACGAUUGUUUAAAACAUAUCCGAACGCAUCAUCCUGGGAAACAAGGUCAGCCAACCGCGGAAGACCCUCCUGAGGAUUUUGAUAAUAACUUAACCCUCAAACCGGAUAAAAGUUCAGGGAGCCAGUCAGUACCGAAAGUACCAAAGUUGCUGCCUCAGCCAAAACAGUCUUCUGUAACACCUGAAAGUCAAGAAAGUCAACCAUCAGCUGAGAGAGAAGCGGAAACGGACGCUACCAGUACUCCCGAGUAUAGACACGUCUUUAAAUGUCUUGUCUGCGAUACAAAAUUCAAAAGCAUAUGGUCUAUACAAAAACAUUUUUCAAAGACAUGUUCUCAACCGAUGUUAGGUUGCUCCACAUGUAAAUUUAAAGAUCUGGAGCCAGGCAAUGUAAAGAUUCACAUUGAAACAAAACAUCCAGGUUGUGGAUCUUCAAGGAUUGUUACUUUGAAAAGGGAAGCCAAAAUGAGGAAGUAUACUAUUCCUACAUUUAAGAAACAGGACUCUAAAGAAAGUGUUGAAAGUGCAUGUGAGGAUAGUGUAAAAUCAGAAGGCACAGAUAACCAGCAAGCUGCUCCACGCCCAAUCAGUCCAACAUCUACCGACCAAAGUCGGUAUUCACAGCUGACGUUACCAACAUCAAGUAGCACCAACCUGUCGAUUUUGAUAAAGCGAAUAGGAAACCGUUACAUGUGCAAGGAAUGUGGAUUCAGUAAUCCAAUUAAGCGUGCUCUAAUGCGGCAUGUUAAGAAACACAGUAAUGCUCGCCCAUUUGGUUGUUCUUAUUGCGAUUAUCGUUCAAACAACGAAUGCAACACGAAAAGACAUAUGCGUAGAAGACAUGGUGGGAAGCUAGUCAUUGUUAAAAGACUAGAUCCCUCCCAAUGGUACUCGCCGAUUUCAAAUGACCUGAAAUAUAACCGGAAAACUUUCGCUGCACAGGCAACACAACUGGUAAAAACACCCAGCCCUUCUGUUGAUGGAGAAGAGAAUGUUUCUGAAGAGGAUGAAAAUUCUGAAAAUUCUUCGAAUAUGAAGGCACGCGUGGAAAUUAGAUACUUCUGGAAAUGUCUGGAAUGUGGAAACAAAAGUAAUUCUGUUUCUAAUGCGUAUAGACACCUGAAAAAGGGAACUUGUACGAAAACUCUUUAUGGAUGUUCUGGAUGUAAAUUGAAAAAUACUGACAGAAAAGCAGUUGAAUUUCACCUUACUGAAAAACAUCUUAAUAAAAAUGUUCAAAUUACAAUUUGCCCAAACACAGCCAAGAUCCGAAAGUACCAUAUUCCAAUCAAAGUGGGAGGCUUUGUCAAAAAGCCAGAGGAGAGUAUUUCAAUGCUUGAUGAAGGUAGUAAUAACACGACUAGUGUUGCCAGCAUUGCUCCUACUGUUUCUAAAGAGUCUAAAGAGAAUGAAGAGCUUCCUAGACAGAGUGGCGAAAAGUCUCAAGUGGUGUUUUGUUCAGUUUGUAAUUUGAAAGCUUCCAAUGCAAGAAUAUUUCAAAGUCAUAUGGAAUCAGAGCAUACAGGAAUGCUCAUGGUUUGCAAACACUGCACCAUCUUCAGAACCUUAUUUGUAUCGAAAAUACAGCAACAUACAUGGGAUAGCCAUCCAGACAUGCCAUUGAAGUUUUACUUAAGAACGAAGAAAGGCAUACCAGAUGAAGAGAAGAGACCAUCAGAAAGAUACACAUGUGCUAAAUGUGACUAUAUAGGCAAGCGGUCGUCUGUUCGACAACAUCUGUACUGUCAUUUUGAGUACAAGCCCUACAAAUGUGGCUACUGUGGAUACCAAACUAAGAAAAACGACGGAGUUAGGCGUCAUAUUGAGAAACAGCAUAUCGGAAAACCAAUGAAGAUUUUAUUUAAGAGAAAUGCUGCCCAGGAACAGGAGAUUGAGAUGUUACUGGAUUCAAAUUCACCUGUAAAACUCUCGUACCAAAAGUCUCAUGCGGCCAGAUUGGCAAAAGAAAGUUUAUCACCUAUAAAGCCAAGCCCGACGUCAGUAAUAAAAAAGAAUUUCCCAACUUUAGCGAACAUGAGAAAUGACCUUACACAGGAUUACAUACCGAGCAAGAUGUACAAACCUUUCUUCAACACCAAAGCUGGGAAGCCCGGAUUCUCUUGUCUGCUUUGUCCUUACAAUACUUUCAUGCAGAAUACGAUGAUUUCACAUGUAUAUCAUCACAUGGAAUCUAUCUAUAGAUGCCCUUACUGCUCCACCCAUGGCUAUCCAAGGAGUAGAGUGACGACACACAUCAGAAAACAUCAUCCAGGCAAACCUGUGUACGUGAUUGACGAGAGACAAAACAACGGAGAGUCCAGUAAUGCGAUAGUCGCAUCCACAGUGACUUCAGCAGAUUCGUCAGAACCACCAGAAAAACGUAUGAAGAUUGAUAAUUCGAGUGACGGCGAUAUUGAGGACGAGUCAUAUGCAGAAAGCACUACAGGUAGCAUUAAGGAGGAGACGGGGAUUAUCCAGUAUUCUUGUCACCUAUGCAGCUACUCCAGUCAGAGCCUGUACCACUACCGUCAACAUCUGGCUGUCCACGGAGGCUUCAAAUGGUUGACAGCCGGAACGCAACUGGAGUCUCGUUUAAAGUGCGGGUAUUGUUCAUACCUUGCAUCUGGAGACAAGGACUUUAAUUCACAUAUGGAAAAACAUCUUGCCACAAGACCUUUUAGCUGCCCUUAUUGUGACUUCUCACAAUAUACACAAGGGAAGGUGAAAACUCACGUAGCGUAUGCUCAUCCUGAUAAACCCCUUGAAGUAUCAAGAGAAUCUGGUAGUAGCUGUUUAAUUGACGACACCCUGCAAUUAGACUCUGUCACACUCGUACGUCUUGAUCCGACGAUAAAGCUUGUUGACAUAUUGUCACUACAGGCAUCAGACUAUGAAAAACUCUUGCUUGACGCUAAUAUAUCUGUUGUUGACUUUGAUAACCUUUCAGACGAUCGGUUUUCUGCUGUUGCAAGUAAUCUCGGUAUUACUUUGGAAAACGAGUAUGAAGUGAAGACAGAAACUGGAGAUUACAACUGUGGGGAUAGUGGAGAACAGUAUGAGGACUUUGUCGUAAAGUCCGAAAAACUGGAUGAAAAUGUUAAAAAUCUGGCAGAAACAACUGGUGAGGAAAUGGAUAUAAGUACUAUGGUGACCUCUGCAGGCAGUAACAAAGACAGUUCAAGUGGUAUUGACGAAGCUGAUCAGGAAAUAAACUACCGGAUUAUACCUGAAAGCAAUGAAAAUAUUUACCAGGAAAAAACGGAAUUUACUCAAAAGAAUUCUACAAAUGAUUUUAGCGAUGUAAGUGAUGCCCCAUUAUCACAGGAUGAUGACUCGGAAGACAUUGAUACUGCCGACGAGAGUUUAGUGGAAAUGGAAUUUGAAAGUGUGAGUCAAGAGUCUGUAGGUGGUAAAUCCUUGCCAGAAUUAUCGGUGAAUGAAAACACCAUUCACGAGUCGUCGAUCGACGCAGAGGAGGAAGCUACUGUACAAUAUGAGUCAAUAAUGGAGGAAGACGACUUGAAUGAACAACAGAUCGACAAAGCUGAUGGAGUGGAUACAUUAGUUAAUGAAGCGGGGGAGCCAAAUGACCUUGAUACUUCACGGAGUUCCAACUGUGAACCAGUUUGGGAAUCACAAGGAUUCCAUGUGAUUGAUGAAGUUUGAAACAAAGGGAAUCAAUGAACACUCAAUGUUCAAUAUUAUAUUAUGUGUUCAAUAGUGUAAAUAUAAGGGCAUUAUUUUGGAAAGACUGUUCAGUCUCCAAAUAUGAGGAAGUGAGCGAAUGACUUGUUCAUGAUUUACAAGGUCAUGAGUCCAAAGAACUUUCAGUAGAUCCAUGCUCCACACUGUAGUUAUAAUGUGUACAUGUUCAAACGUAGCAAACUUUUAAGCGCCAUUCAGAAGAAGAAAUGAUUACCACGUUGUCUUACCCACUUAAAGGUAAUGAGAGACUGACUUCACUCAGAUCCCUAUAAAAUUGCAAUAUGAUUGGUGUUUUCCUCGGGACUAGUUCCUAUGCUAGAGUUUCGAAAAAUUCUCUUUGACCACUCGCAGCUGUCUCCAAAUGAACAUUGACAUGGAGCGAUGUUUAUAACGUUAGUUUCGGAAGGAAACCGUCUGCUUAAACCUGUUAUCAUUUUAAUCAAAGAAGUUAUAGUCGUGCCGCAUUGUGUUCCUACAGACAAAAACUGAUCAUCGUGUUUUACUCCACAUGUAAAUUCUAAAGAUGGUUGGAUGCUAUGAAUUAUACAUUUGAUGAUUUAAAAGUGAUUGUUUAUAAAUAUGUAUGAAACUGCAUGUAAAACCGUCAUAAUUCUACUGCUGGUGGUUGUUGAUAACCUAUAUACAUAUAUCAUAUGUCCUUGGAUCUUCGCAUUUGAAACCAUAUAUGAAUCUUGAUAUCUACAGUGCUUGUUCAUGUUAGUUAUGUUAGAUGUGCGAGUAAAAUAUUCGUAGCAAAUGUAUUGGAGAUGUAUAUUUCUUCAUGUGGAUUGAUGUGUCUUUAAAUGAAAUUAUUUUUAUGUUUAUCACGAUCAAUGCCUACACCAUCACAACGGUGUACAUUUGUAACAAUUGUAAUAUUAUUCCAUACGUAGUAUACCAAUGGUCUAUGGCGGGUAUUAGCACAGGCUUUCAUUAGCACGCUCAUGAAUGUUCCUUAUGGGAAAUCGGUAUACUUCAUUCUUGCUUAGUGUGAUAAAAAUAAGAUAGAUGGAAGCGUGUGUAUCUGUCACAGUACAUCACAUUAGCAUUUGAUUCCUUAUGUCCAAAUAGUAGUGUCACAUAUAUGUCGCACUCUUUUGACCAAUGUGUUAAGAGAAAUGAUUUAAAAAAGUCGUGAGUAAUAUGUACAGUCCAAAUCAAUGUGCAUUUAUUUUCUAUAUUUGCAUUCGAAACCCGAAAUGGUGCUUUAUAUCAUUUACGUUUUUGGCAAAACUACGAUGUUCCUCUGUGAUAGUAACCUUAGAAAUGUUCAAAGCAUUUUAUGUUUUUGCCAUAGAUUUUGUUUACCAAAUGUUUCAUUUUUAGAAUCUCGAUAACAAAUCGUCAAAAUGUUUCUUUAUUUCCUCCAUUACUUUUUCAUUCGUUCUGACAGCAAGAACUGUUCGGGCAUUUUGAGUCAUUUUCAUUUUGCAUUAUACCAAAACCGAUCGUUAUAUCAAUUAAAUUAAUGGUGCUAGUUUCAUCCAAUGAAAUAAGUUUUUUUUUCAGAAGAUUCUCUUUUGAUCGUAUUAAGUACGUUAUAAUUGAAUGUCUCAGACUUUAUGUGUAUUUGCCUUCUUUGUCAUUACUAAGAAAAUUGCUGAAAGUAUUUCUUAUAUAUGAUAUUUUUUUUCCUUUCUUGCAAAAUUGUACCACUCUAAAACUAGAUUAAAAAUAACUUCAAAUUCAAGCUUUUAUCGCCCUGUCACUACGUACAAGGCGCAUCAUUUCGCCCCUUCUGAUGAAAGGACUAUUCCAUGUACUCAAGUCAUAAUUUGUGUGUAAUAAUCCACUAAUAAUUCUAAUGAUGGUUAAAUAGCGAAUUCUGGCGACAAAUUCGAAUUCACGGAUGAAGCGUUGGGAAGGGGGAAAUAAGAUAAUUAAACAGAUUAAAUGAAAUUUUGAAUUGAUGAAUACUUUGAAAAAGGUGCACAGGUAACACAAAACUUUCAAAGGGAAUUUACCUUUUAAUGUACUUCCAUAUGUGAAUGCAAAUGUGUUGAUUACACGUUCGUAGAAGACAUGAGGUAGAGGCAUGCUUUUUCAAUUUAACAUUUUUUUUAGAUCACAUUGAUUAUUUUCUUCUGACCGAUUCCCACGCGUAUAUGGUAAAAGUAUGCAUGCAAUUUGUUAUUAUAUUGUCUUUAAUUUGAGUGCAUGUGUGAGCAUGACCUUUUGAAACCGUUUAAAAUCAUUGACACAAUUAUUUUGUUAUUGAAUCAAAA